AGGGCUGAGAAACCGAAACCUCGCACUCCCCUCUUCCGGACACACAGGCGACAAGCCAGCGGCAAGAGAAGGGGGCUGGGCGGAUAGCUAAGCAAAGAUAGACGAGGGGGAGGGCGAGUGACCUGCGGGAAACGAAACAGCGUAUAAAGCUAGCGGAGUUGGCGAGAAAGCGAAAGUUGGCUUGCAGGCGGCAGCUACUCAUCCGGCAGAGAACUGGUCCUUCCUUCGGGCAGCGGCGGCUACAAGUUCGGAACUGGGUUGGGGCCUGGAGAACCUUCACCCUGGGGCGGCGGAAGCAGAAGAAGGGCAUUAAAUGCCCAAAAUGCAGCUACAACUCUCAAAAUGUGUCUCACAAGUAUUGCGGUAAUUGUGGAGAAAGAUUGGUUCAUUCUGCCAAUGUGCAAAGUGCAGAGAGUAGAGAUCCAAAAAUGACUUCAGUGGAAGAGAUGGAAACUGGGGGAGAGCUGAAGGUUGAAAGCAUCCCCCCUUUGAAACCUGAUGGUGGUGACCACCCCCCCACUGAAUUGGUACAGAAGGAACUGCAAGAUUCUCUGCCAGAAUGCACUGGGGAUCAGGAUUGGGUUUCACCAAAGAAGAAAAAGAAGAUGAUUGCUUCAGACUCUGAGCUUCAGGAUUCCUUAAAUUCAGCACUAUCCACUCUUAAUUAUUCUUUGAACACUGAAACAGCAGAUGAAAAUAAUCCAGCAGAACAAAGUCAAGCUGAACUAGCUGAAGUGACCAAACCAGAAAGGGGGCCCGCUGAGGAUGAUGGACAUCAGAAUAAAAGUUGUAGUCCCUUAGAUCAAAAUUCAGUAAAUGGGACAGAAAAUCAGAGUGGUACCAUUGAUAUCAUGAUUCACGCAGACCAAGUGCUUGAAAAGGACAAUAAAAAUGGUGCAGAAGCUGCAGGGGAAAAGAUGGAGAAGGAAGACUCCAAAAUAAAUGUUGUAGUUGAACAGGUAGGUUCAAGCAGAGGACAAAAUAACAAACAUUCUUCUGCGAUGGAAAAGACCCUGGAAAAUACAAAUCCGGGCAUUUGCACAGGAAGUGCAAAGACCAUAUCAGACCUUCACUUAAAUGUGGGCUCAUCUGAAAAUACAGGUGCAAACUCCAUUGCAGAAGAUCAAAAUUUGACUAAGAUGAAUUUGCCAGAAUCUGAAACAAAAGAAACUUUUAAAAAAGGAAUUGAAAAAGGGGCCAAGCAACAGAGAAGAGAUUGUGAUACAAAAAAAGUAAAGCUGGAAGAAAAAACUGAAGAAGGGAAUACCUGUAAAAAACCAACAACUCAAACAGAAGGAAAUAAAGAGAAGGGGAAAGCUGCUGCUGCAUCAAAUCAGAAAAAGCAACAAUCAAAUCAGAACAAUGAGAAGCAACAGAAAAACAAAAGCCCAGUGAACUUCAGAGAUGGUAUUACAGUAUACUUUCAUGCCAUACUGUCUAAGGACUUCAAGUUGGAUCUUAAGAAUCAUAAAGUGUUCGUUAGGGCACAAAGUAUUUCUGGCUAUGUGGACUGGAAGGAUAAUGUCUGUGAGCUGACUUGCUCGAAGAAUCUUGGCGAGCAUGGUCACUUAUUUGAUGGGUGGGUGACCAUUUCUAAAGAUAACAUGAAUAAACCCAUUCCCUAUAAAUACUAUGUUUCCCGUGGCAAGGGAGGAGACUACGAAUUCAUUUACAAAGUUUGUCAUGAAGGGAUGUUUGUGAAUCGUUGUCUGUACAUAAACUCAGAUGAACUAAGUGGUACAGACUGGCAUCAGUAUGAUGAUAUAGUAUGCGCUAAAUCCUCUGAUACUUUGUGGAGCCGUCUAAAAGACCAUUUUCCUGGAAAGAACAAAACUGUGAAAGGGAAAGAAAUUGCAGCAAAAAUAAUGCUGGAGGGCCUCUUCAGUAUGCUCCACCCCUGGACUCCUAUCAAUGUCAAGAACUUUCUUCAGCAGUUGCGUCAGUUUUAUUUGGUGAAUAGAAAACAACUGGUAUAUGAGGGGGUACCAAAAGAAUGGACAGAUUUAGAGUUUGGAGAGAUGCAGGUGAAAGAGUUGAUAUUGGAUUACCUAAAAGAAACAGCUCAUCAGGUUUCUGACCAGAACCGUACAAAUUCCUCAUCUCACAGCACAGUAGUCCAUAACAUACUUGGCCUGACAUUAAUCAUCCUUCUGUUAGGAGAACUCUACAGUCUUCCAAUAUUAAAAAGUGACCUGAAACAGCUAUGCAAACUUCUUUGUUUAGAGAAGCCUCAAGUAGAUGUAGUAAAUGAAAUCCGUUCUGUCAAAGAAUUGCUGCGUAUUGAGUGCUGUUUCAUUGCCUUGUACAACAACUGUAUUGAAAAGGAAAUCCACGACUGGCUCUGGACAAUUCCAAUUUGUCAUCUCUUCAGUGCUUCUGUUGACUUUGCAUAUGACCGGGUGAAUUCUCUAUUUGAAUCUGAAGAGAGGUACUCGGGGUUGGAAGGCAUCAUGUUCAGAAGCUAUAGGGAAAAACACUCUAGUCAGAAGGUCUUACUGCAACUAAUGAAAGAGAAAAAGCAUUUGAUGGAAGGAGACAGAGCACUAUUCAGGUCAUGGUUCUCCUUGCUGCCUCUGAAGGACUUGGUAGAAUUUAUCACAGACUUUUCCACAGAUCUCUUGGACUGUCUUCUGGGAAUUUUUCAUAGACUGAAGAAUGUGGAAAUCAAACACGACUAUGAGGUGGUAGAAAAAAUUCUACAGAAGGUAUUGUGCAUCCAGUGGAAUAAUCAAAACAGGAUACCACAUCAGGACAUUUGGAUCGCCUCUGUGACAGUCUGCAUAAAACUGCAUCAGAUGAUAUGUAAUAAUGUCAAAAUAGUAAAGAACUAUAAGAUACCAGCAACAUCUGCUGAAAUUGUUUCAAAGAUUCUGGGACUUGCACCUUUGGAGAUUUUCAGAGAGAGCACAAGUCAGAAUACUCCAAUGACGACAGCAUUCGAACGUUGUUGUGAAGAUACCAGAAGCUGGCUUCGUAAAGCUCUUCCUAAACAUUUGCUGAAAGAAACUUUAGUUAUAGCACUUGCUUUUCGAGAGGAACUUGAGGCAUGGGAUUUUUUCUUGAAAAUUAAUUUUCCUGAUGAGAAUUUCACACAGCAGUGGAAAACAACUUUAAUUUCAGAGAUGAGAAGCAGAAUCAAACAGGAACAUGAAGUUCGACAGAUUAAAGUCUAUUGUGACUUACUAAACCAUACUAAGCUUGAGGAACUUCACCCUCUGAUUGGAAAUACCUUUGAAAACUGUGCGAUUGAUGCUGUUAAUUUAGCUUCUCAGACUCAGAAAAAUCUCCUUGACAUUGUGUCCUCUUACAACUUGAGCAAGAUGGGUACCCUUGUAUCUGCUGUCAUUGUAAAAUCAUGGCCACGUGACAGGGCUGGUGAGCCUAUGAGUGACUUGGAAGGUGCUCUGAAUCAUCUUCUCACUUGGCCAGACAUCAAACAUCUUUUCAUCUUCAAUGGAACCGGUGGGGACUUUCUGGAUCAACUUACUGAUGAAGCAAAGGAGUGCAUGACCAUUGCUGACUCUAUAUACUCAAAAGUUUCUGAUGAUCUUGAUUCAGGCCAUAUCCUAGUUAAACUUUUGGAGCUAAUUUUUAAGUACAAGAAACAGUUUCUGUCCAUUUGGGAGCUAAAAAAGAAGUGUCUUUCACCCAUGGAGAAGACAGAUCAAAGGCAGGCACUAGAAAAAUUGCUUGAGUUGAGAUUUCAAGAAGUCUUAUCGGUCAAGAGAGAGCAAAAAAUAUUGGGAUCCUUCUUGGACAUGUGCAGGAAGGUGCAAGAUAUUGUAAAAGUGGACAUUUCUGAAAUUGAACAGAAGCUCAGUGAAAAUCUGAGCUCUAAAGCAUUGAAUCAGAUUGUGACUGUGAGACAUCCAGGUGACUACAGUGAUGGUGAAAUAGAGACCUUUUACAACCUGAGUCCGGCCCUAAAGAAGACAUCUAACAUUGUGCAUGAUUUUAAAGAGAGCCAUCUCUUCCGGUACUGUUGGGAAUGGGCAGCCAAAAACCUGCUGGAUGACAAUGAAGAUUUAAUUGAGGAAGAGGAUUUUGCCACUUUGUGCCUUGAUGGUGUACUUGAAUAUGUAUAUGAGCCCUGCUACAGUGAAUUCUGCCGACUCUAUAGUAGACUGAAAUCUGGAGAGCUCAUGUUUGCUGAAGUGGACAGUCUCUUUAGAGAUUUUACUGACAAUUACGAAGAACUAAAAAGGGAUUUGAAGGUUAUGUGCAAUCAAUAUGGUCAAGAUGGUGGUGAAUGGAUAGACAACCGGGUUCAGCAGAUCCAGCAGUAUCACGAAUUGCAUUUAGCUAUGGACUCAGCUAAAGUUAUUAACAAGGUCAAGGAAGGUUUAAGUCUAUCUGGAGACUUCACAGUCUUGCAACUUUUGCUAAACUUCAGCGAUGAGUUUCAAUCCUUUCAACAAGAAAAACUCUCCUGGAUGAGUCCUCAGUUGAUAAGUGCUAAGAAACUAUUGCAGAGCAUCACUGAGCCACGUCGCAGGUGCCUUGAGGAGCUUACUCUCAGGAUGGACUUUGUCAACUGGGUCAGAGAGGCCCUGGAAGAUAUAACUGAGCUGAAGGUGUUUGUGGACCUUGCCUCUAUUUCUGCGGGAGAGAAUGACAUGGAUGUAGAUCGUGUUGCAUGUUUCCAUGAUGCUGUAUUGGGCUACUCUUCUCUUCUGUAUGAGCUGAAGCAGGAGUCUGGGUUUGAGGAAUUCAUGGAGUGCUUGAAGAAAUUGUGGAAAGCCCUGAAAAGUGACAGCAAUCUUCCCCCAAAAUUGCGUGAUUCUGCCAGAUACUUGGAAUGGCUAAAAACCAUAAAAGAGAGCCAUGGCUCUGUGGAACUAUCAUCUAUAUCCCUGGCGACUACAAUCAAUAGCAAAGGAAUCUAUGUAAUUAGAGCACCUGUCGAAGGUCAGAAGGUUUCUCUGGAGACGGUUCUGUCCUUGACCAUUUCAGAAAGCCAUAGUGGCCAAGAAGAGCUGCGGCGUUAUUCACUGGAGGAGCUGAAAGAACUGAUGAACAAGCUGAUGCUGAUGUCAGGCAAAGUAGAACAAGGUGCAGAAGUGGAGAGGUUUUCUGAGAUAUUUUCUAGUGUUCAGAGACUAGCACUGUCCUUCAUAAGACUUUACUCUGCUGGCAAUAUGCUCUUCCGAUCUUGGAUCACUCAGAUAUACUGCUCACCCAACAGCGAGUUCUGUAUUGUCAUGGACUUCAAUUUGAAAUUUAUACGAGACUUUUUGGGAAGUGGAAAAGUAAUAGAUGUUCUUCCAGCCUUAUGUAGAAAGAUGGAGAGCUUCCUGGAGAGGUGGGAGUGUUUCAUGGCUGAAAAGCGAUCACAGUAUUUCUACUUAAAUUAUUACAUGGCUGAGCAGCUUGUUUACUUGUGCAGAGAGCUUGGCUCAAAAUGUCCCAGUGAAGCAGCCUUACUGAUGCUUUCAUUCAUAAAGCACAACUGCAGCAAACAGAAUGUCCAAGACGUCUCCAGACACCUGAUGUCCAGAAAGUCAGAGAACAGUCUUGAUGAUCUCUUUGGUUUAAUGGUAACAGAGAAAGAGCUGACUGAACAACUGGAAGAUAUCUGGGAAUCCUACAUGAAGAGCAUGAGUUCUUUUGUUCCAGGCUGCUUGGACAUUGAUACACUUGGCGAUUACCUGGACUGUCUAGCAGGUAUGGAGAACAGGAGAGUUUUGCGAACAUUCCCACCAGGCCUUCAUAGUGACAGGCCCAAUCUCAUCCUCUGUCCUCGCUCUGAAGUGUUGGCUUCAGCCUUGGCCAUCUACAUGGUUAGUCCUGAGGAGAUGCCACCUUCCUAUGAUGAGGUCUUGCUCUGUACACCACAGACCAGCUAUGAGCAAGUGGCAUUGUUUCUGAGGAGAUGCCUCGCUCUGGGCUGCAGAGAGAAGAAGAUUUAUACUAUACUGUAUGCAGACGAGUUGAGCUAUGAUGUUGGCUACAGAUUUGAGGAACUGUUCCGAAACCUUCACUUGAAACACCAGGAUGAAUAUCGACUGGUGAUCCUGUGUAACUGUGAGAGAGAGCACUGCUAUGUCCCUGCUGCCUUCAGUCAGUUCAAAGUUCACAUGAUCCCUCAGCAGCCCUUGAAGAAUGUUCAAAGAUAUCUUGGGAAUCAUUACAAAACUAUGCAGUCUGCACAUUCAUCAGCUUCUAUCUUCAAGGAUGAAAUGUGUGUUGGGAUUGUAUCCUCCACAAGAGCUGGAGUGGGAAAAUCUCUCUAUAUAAAGAGACUUCAUGAGAAACUGAAGGUAAAACUUCAUGAUGAUAAAGUGCCAUUAAAAACUAUUCGACUGAUAGACUCCCAUGUUGAUGAAGGCAAAGUGCUGAAGGCUCUCCUCCCGUUCCUGAAUCAUCAGCAUCAGAAGCAGCCUAUGAUAUUUCAUUUUGAUAUUACCUCUUCAGUCCAAUCUGGAAUUCAAGAAUUUCUGUUCAAGCUUUUAGUUUUACAUUAUCUGGGAGAUACAGAUGGGAAACUCUGGCUGCGGAAGCAAUGCCAUUUGUAUGUUAUAGAAAUUCUUGAAACAUCUCUGUCACCAGAAAAGCAAACAAGAGCUAUGCCUCCUGGAUUAAAAUACAACCUGCUUGAUGUGUUCCCCAAAAUAAUGUGCAGGCCUCCCAAAGAAGUACUAGACAUGGAUACUAAGAGAAAUUCAUCCUAUGGCUGCUCAGACCCAGGAAUGGAUGACAAAAUUUUCAGUAGCGAGGCCUUUCAGAGACCAUUUCAGUACUUAAUAAGAUCUAAUAGAGGCGAUAAUCUUGAUAUGUUUCAGUAUGAACCUGUCAGUGUUGAAGGCACUGCCGUACAAUGUCUACAGUUGCUGCUGAUACAUUGUGGAGUAAUAGAUCCUUCAUGGUCAGAACUGAGAAACUUUGCUUCGUUUCUAAAUGUUCAGCUUAAAAAUUGUGAAGCAUCUGUAUUUUGUAACCCUUGUUUUGUGCAAGACACUUUGCAAGGCUUCAAAAAUUUUGUGGUCACCUUCAUGAUUUUGAUGGCCAGGGAUUUUGCAACACCUUCACUUAAUAUUUCUGACGAAAGCCCUGGAAGACAGUUCUUUGACAUGGAAGGGGUCACUGAAGAAGAUCUUGUUCCGUUCCGCAUUCGGAAAAAGUGGGAGUCUGAGCCUCACCCUUACAUUUUCUUCAAUCAUGACGGUAUAUCCAUGACAUUCCUUGGGUUUCAUCUCCAGGCCAAUGCUAAUGGUGGGAUUGAUGCCAUUAAUCCCUUGAAUGGCACUGUCAUCAAAAGGAAUGUUAUGUCUGCUCAGCUGUACCAAGGAUUGGUCCUUCAGAGAAUUCCCUUCAAUAUUAAUUUUGAUGAACUGCCCAGAAGUGAGAAAAUUGCAAAACUCUGCAUGGUUUUAGGAAUUGAAUGGCCAAUUGACCCUGAUGAAACUUAUGAGCUUACAACAGACAAUAUUCUAAAGAUCCUGGCUAUUGAGAUGCGAUUCAGAUGUGGGAUUCCUGUUGUCCUCAUGGGAGAAACUGGCUGUGGAAAAACCAGGCUUAUAAAAUUUUUGUGUGAAUUGCGUAGGUGCGGUGCUAAUACCGAGAACAUGACUCUCGUCAAAGUCCAUGGAGGGACUACUGCAGAUGCAAUCUAUAACAAAGUCAGGGAAGCUGAACAACUUGCUAUUAAAAAUAAUUUGCUAUUUGACACAAUCUUAUUUUUUGAUGAAGCUAACACAACUGCAGCUGUCAACAGUAUAAAGGAAAUCCUAUGUGAUCACACAGUAGAGGGACAACCUUUGACCCACAGCUCAGGCUUGCAGAUCAUAGCUGCAUGCAAUCCUUAUCGUAAGCACACUGAAAAAAUGAUUGAGCGCCUGGAAUCAGCUGGCUUAGGCUAUCAUGUUAAAGCUGAGGACACUCAGGAAAAGCUUGGUUCCGUUCCUCUUAGGCAGCUUGUAUACCGUGUCCAUGCGCUGCCUCCUAGCAUGACACCUCUUGUGUGGGAUUUUGGGCAACUGAACAAUGUUACUGAAAAAUUAUAUAUACAGCAGAUUGUACAGAGACUUACUCACUCAAUACAAAUGUCUACAGCUGACAUCAAGACAAUAACAGAAGUGCUUUAUAACUCUCAGAUUUAUAUGAGAAAGCAGAGCAAUAAAUGUAGUUUUAUCAGCCUCAGAGAUGUGGAACGCUGUGUGGAAGUCUUCAAGUGGUUUCAUAAUCACAGUGAUCUCCUAAUCAAACACUUGACAAAGUAUCUCGCAGAUAAGAAAACAGAUAAAAAAUACAUGAAGAGAAACGCAGUUAUUUGGUCUUUGGUACUUUCAGUCGGUGUCUGUUACCAUGCCUCCCUGGAAAAGAAGGAGAAAUAUCGAAGAGUCAUCAGCAAAGUCCUUCCAGAGCCAUAUGACAAUGAAAAGGAAAUUCUUGAAGAAAUCAACUUAAUUCAGGACUUGUUCUUGAAUGGUGUACCUCUGAGGGAAACAAUAGCAAAGAACUUGGCACUGAAGGAAAAUGUGUUCAUGAUGGUAAUUUGCAUAGAGCUUAAAAUCCCUUUGUUUCUUAUUGGGAAACCUGGCAGUUCCAAAUCUCUUGCCAAAACUAUUGUGGCUGAUGCCAUGCAAGGUCAGGCAUCAUAUUCUGAGUUGUAUAAGGAACUGAAACAGAUCCAUUUGGUGUCCUUUCAGUGCAGCCCACACUCUACUCCUGAGGGUAUCAUAAAUACUUUCAAGCAUUGCGCUCGCUUCCAAGAAGGGAAGAACCUGCAGGAGUAUGUCUCUGUGGUAGUCUUAGAUGAAAUUGGCUUGGCUGAAGACUCUCCCAAAAUGCCUCUGAAGACCCUUCACCCUCUCUUGGAAGAUGGAUGUGUUGAUGAUGAUCCACACCCUCAUAAAAAAGUUGGCUUUAUUGGGAUAUCUAACUGGGCUCUGGAUCCUGCCAAGAUGAAUCGGGGUAUCUUUGUGUCCCGUGGAGACCCAAACAAAAAGGAGCUUAUAAAAAGCGCACAGGGCAUUUGCUCUUCGGAACGUGUCACUCUGCGUAAAAUUGAACGUUAUUUCCCCAUCUUUGCAAAUGCAUAUGAAGAAAUUUGCAAGAUCCAAAGUAAGGAGUUUUUUGGGCUGCGUGACUAUUACAGCCUCAUAAAAAUGAUUUUUGCUUUGACAAAAACAUCUAAGAGAGACCCAUCUGCCCAUGACAUAGCAGAGGCUGUUCUCCGUAACUUCAGCGGCAAAGAAGAUGUUAAGGCCUUGGACAUUUUUAUGUCUAAGAUCCCAGAGAAAGGGGAUGUCAUUUCUGAGGACAUCAACACAAUUGAUCUAGUCAAACAAAACAUUCACAAUGAUUUUCAGGAUGGUGAAUGCCGAUACCUGCUAGUGUUAACACAGAAUUAUGCAGCACUGCAGAUUCUCCAGCAAGCUUUUUUCAAUGGUGAAUCGCAACCAGAAAUUAUAUUUGGUUCCAGCUUUCCAAAAGACCAGGAAUAUACUCAGAUCUGCAGAAACAUUAACCGAGUGAAGAUCUGCAUGGAGACAGGACAGAUGGUGGUCCUUCUUAAUUUGCAGAAUCUGUAUGAAAGUCUCUAUGAUGCCCUCAACCAGUAUUACGUGCAGCUUGCUGGUCAAAAAUAUGUUGACUUGGGUUUGGGAACCCAUCGAGUGAAGUGCAGAGUGCAUCCCAAGUUCCGUUUGAUUGUCAUUGAAGAGAAGGAAGUGGUGUAUAAACAGUUUCCCAUUCCAUUAAUCAAUAGACUUGAGAAACACUACCUCGAUAUCAAUACUGUGUUGAACAAAUUGCAAAGCGACAUUGUGGAAGAACUGAAGAAAUGGGUGAACAACUUCAUAGCAGUGGAUACAGAAAAACAUUUUAUGGGCCAACAAAAAUACAGUCCUUCUGAUGCCUUUGUUGGUUAUCAUCCCGAUACCUGUGCCUCGGUUGUCGUGCAAGUGACAGAGAAACUGAAAAAGGAUUGUCCUCCUGGGGAACUGAUGCUAGAAAUACAAAACCAGGCCAUACUAGUCCUCUUGAAUUGUGCAACCCCAGAUUCUGUUGUUCGGCUUGAUAAUUCACAACUGGGGCCCUUUCAGGCUGAUAUUUUGUCUAGAACCUACUUUCAGCAACAGCAGCACAUUUCUCUAGCAGAUUUCCUCCAUGCUUGCAUUUCCACAGAGUCCAGGGGUGUCACAGUCUUCACUGAGAUCACUACUUUCUCCAGGCUCCUGACAACAGCAGACAUGGAAACUUUGAAGGCAGAACUACAUUAUGAUAUUGAGAGCAUCAGAGUUUUGUCCUUACAGCAGUUUGACACAGAACAUUCCUUUUUGAAAGAAAUUCGGAAUUUCCUUGAUGCGACACCUGGAAAUAAAAUAUUGAUUAUUCAGACUGACUUUGAAAAUGGAUCUCUCAGUGCCCAACUUGUCGCCUCAGCUAAAUACUCAGCUGUCAAUGAAAUCAACAAAACUGAUUUGAAUCAGGCCUCUGUUUUUGUGUGCUUCAUCACUAAGCUGCCACGAGUUGAAGGAGGAAGCUCCUAUGUGGGAUUUCAUGGAGGGCUGUGGCAGUCUGUUCACAUUGAUGAUCUGAGGAGAUCCCAGGAUAUGGUCUCUGAUGUAACUGCCUUGAGGGAUGUCACCAUCAGCGAGCUGUUUCUGGAGCACAUGAGAGAGCCUGCAGGAAAUCUUGGAUUUGUAUCCCCAGAGAGAGUAGAAGAAAAAGAAGAGGAGAUGGAGGUAGAAGGAGCAACAGCACUUGAACAAGAAAGAAAGCCUAUCCAUGUCUUAGACACCACCAUCCUUCUGAGAACCUGUGUGCAGAGUGCUGUGGGAAUGCUGAGGGACCAAAAUGAGGGUUGUAACCGCAGCACUAGGAGAAUUGAAAUCCUCCUUAGUCUCCUAUGUGAGGCAGAUUAUUUAAAAGCCUCCUUUUUGAAGAUAACAAAGAGUCGUCUCUUAAGUCUUGUGAGGGAGCAGGAGGAAAACUCUUGCACCAUGAAAGAGUGGGUGCAGCGGUCGGCAUCAAACCUUAGUGCCCUCCAGGAAGCAGGAACUUUCAGGUGCACACUGUGGAAGCGGGUCCAGAAUGUGGUGACUCCAUUUCUGGCUUAUAUGGUAUCUGUCAUAGACAGAAAUGCUAAUCUGGAUUUACUGGUCAGAUCAAGAACAGAAAACUGUGUGAAGGGUCUGUGGAUGUUCAUCUUCAAUGAUCUGAAGCUUCUGAAUAUCCCGUAUGUUAUUGGCCAAGGCAGCUCCCAGACUGAAACAAUUCUGGUGCAGAGUUAUUUUCAGGGAACUAUCUCUGCUGUUAAUGAAAUGCCCUUCAGCUGGAGGAUAAAAGAUUAUUUAGAAGACCUUUGGGCUCAAGCUCGGUACAUCCCUGGCAAUAAAGGCCACAAAGAAAAGUUUAUUGACGUAUUUCAGAAGACACCACUUGGAGAAUAUCUUGCUGAACUCUCUGAAAAAGAGAGGGACACCCUUUUCCACUGUUACCUCAGGGACUUCAUCCUGCUGACAAUGGGUGUAUCUUCUCCUAGAGAAUUAGAGUUUCUGCAUAUAGCUCUCUUGUCAUGUAUUGAAGAAAUGAAGGCAGCCUCUUCCAGUGCAGAACAGAACGUGCUGCCCCUCCCCUGGAUCCACCUUGGUUACUGUGAGUUUAGGAGUCGGCUGCAGAACUUCUCUAGGAUUCUUGCUGUGUGCCCCGAUGUAGUCAAUGCUCUAACUGGCCAUGCUGGGAGAGAAGGCAGCAUUCCAUGUCACCAAAUGGUAUUGGAUGUGCUAGCUGCCUUAGCCUGCACUGAAAUGCUAGAAGGAAAGCUGUUGAAAUGCAACCCAAAGAUAUGGCUGCAGCAGGUGAAGAAUCUUCAAACGCCAGUUGAACUUGUUUGUGCAGCAAAUGACUUUAAAAGCAAUUCCAGUCUAUGCUACCAAUUGCUUCAGCGACUCAGGAGCCAAUGGAAUCGGGUUUUCUCAGUGUCCCUCUUCGUGGAACAUGUCCAUCUUGGAGUUGAAACAGCAAUGCCAGAGAUGCAAGAACUGAUAAAGAAAUACACUUUACAUCUUGUCAAUUGUUUCCCGUGGGAUUCUGACAUUAAAAUGCAUAAAACAUUCAUGGCUGUGAUGAAAGUGCUGUCCCAAUGCAAGGAAGAUGUCAGUUUUGCAUGUUGCAGGUAUGGUUUGAAGCCUUGUCCAGUUUGCUUGGGAGAUCCUAAGGAUCCAGUCAGCCUUCCUUGUGAUCACGUGUUUUGUCAAAGUUGCAUCAACCAGUGGCUGGUACCAGCACAGAUGUUGUGUCCAUUCUGCCUAGUCAGCCUGCCAAAUGACUACACACUGACUGUGUCCAAGAAGCUCAGUGACAUCAUCACCAAAUACUCCAAAUUUCGCAAGUUUUGCAAUAGUUUUUUUAUUGAUCUGGUUUCUACAAUGUGUUUCAAAGACAAUGAGCCUCCUGAAAAAGCUGUGAUUCAAGAGCUGUUGAAGUUGCUGUUUGCUCAUGAUAAGGCGGUUUUGAGAGGAUGCCAGAGAGGUUCCGGAAAGCCAAGUGUGCACACAAAAUCUCUGUCCCCUUUUGAUGAUGUAGUAGAUAAAACUCCUGUAAUCCGUUCUGUGGUGUUAAAGCUGCUUUUGAAAUACAGUUUCAGUGACGUGAAAGCCUACAUGCAAGAUUAUUUAUCACAAGCCGAAAACUGGAUCCUAUACGAAGACGAUAAAACAGAACUUUAUACCCUAUUUGUGAACUGCCUUGAGGAUUCCAUGUGUGAGAAAUCAGCAGUGUCUGCUGAGGAAAUUAAGAUAACCUUAAUGAGGGAUGAUGGACGCUUCCUGGCAAGCUAUUUCCAGUGGAACAGUCAGGAUACCGCUCAGGAAAUUUCUAUUGAGUAUUUGCAGGGAGUGGCUCGCAUCCGGAUGUGCUUGGAUAGGGCUGCAGAACUGGUGUACAGACUCCAUGGGACAGCAAAUGGUUCUAAAGAUAAUGAGAAGAUGAUCUACCUGCAGAGGGUGAUGCAGUUUUGCAGACUAAAUGACUGGUAUAAAAUUUACUUUGUCCGAAAGAUUACUAACCAGUAUGGCCUGGAGUUCACACAGAGCCUUUCCAAAGAACAGCAGUAUCACUGGAUAUUUCCAACAGAAAUAAUUCAGCAACAACUGAGGCAUCAGCCUGGACAGAUUGAUCGGUUCCUGGCAUGGGGCAAAAACUACAAAAUGAUGCGUGAUGCUGUGGGAAAAGCUGUGAUAGAAGGCCACUUGAAGAGCAUAGAAGCAGCCCUGAAGGAUUAUAAUGGUCCCAGGUCUGCACAGUCUGUUCACUUUCUCUUGGCUGUUUUCAGAGAGUUCACAUCUCAGUAUGGCUGUAGAGAUUCGAACCUUCACCCUACCCAGAAGCAAUGUCUCGCUCUUAAAGAGAUGAUGCAGAGUUCCAAAGUACUUCCUUCUCUAGAACUUGAGACAUUUGCAGAAUCCCUUGUGGAUAACAGUAUCCCAUCACUGACAGUGAAUCCGCUGGAUUUUAGCCACAAUAGAAUAGUAAUUGAACUAGUUGUUCAUACUGGAGCAAUUUUGCUGUGUGGCCAAAAUCGAGUCCUUGAGCCUCUAAGAAAUCUGGCAUUUUAUCCCCACACAAUGCAGCAUGCUUUUCUGCCAACAAUGCCAGAAGACUUGCUGGCUCAGGCUGUGAGGUGGGAAGCAACAGCAGGGCUUUACUGGUAUACUUGUCCAAAUGGUCACCCCUGCACUAUUGGAGAGUGUGGUCACCCCAUGCAACUUGGAAACUGUGUUGACUGUGGUGCUCAGAUAGGAGGCACCAACUACAGGGCAGUUCCAAACUUCCUUCAUGUUCAAGUUGGAGCAGACAGAACACAAACUGGCCAUGUGCUUGGAAAUCCUGGCAACCGAGAAGCUGUGGUAGCAUCUGAGAGGGAGAUGUCUCCAGCUGCCUUGAUUCUGAUUCGCUUGCUCACUCACUUGGCAUUGCUUCUGGGUGCCACAAAAGAUCCCAAGUCCCUACUGCAGAUCAUAAAGCCGCAGGUUCAAGAUCCAGUGGGUUUUCUCCUGCAGCAUAUUCACAAGGAUUUGGAGCAAUUGAUGAAUACUCUUGGGAAGAGCACCGAUGAAACCGCAAAUGUUGCCCAUCUCAUUUUGUGUAGCUUUUUCAAGGAAGCCCGUCAGCACCCAGACCAGUGGCCAGCACACUUUGAUGGUCAGCUUUCUAAGAAAGAACACAGAAACAAUUGGGAAAGAGUUGCAAAGUCCAUUAUCGUUCCUGAGCUAGAGCUUUUGGAUAAAUCACUUCUGGAGUUGAAUCAACAAAUCAGUGAGGAUGAGAGAAUUUCUUCCAACCCAGUAGUGAAAAUUAUAUACAAUGACCCUGCAACCUUCCUCUCAGGACUGCCAAAGAAUAGAACCGUACAUUGUUCUAAAAUGUGGAAUUGCCGGAAAAGAAUCUCAGUGGAAUACCUUGGGCAUGUUGUCCAGCAGAAAGGUGGCAAGGAUACUGUGCCCAUCUUGUGGAAAUUUUUGCAGAAGGAAGCCGAAUUAAGGCUGGUGAAGUUCUUGCCAGAGAUUUUGGCUCUGCAGAAAGAGCUGGUGAAGAGAUUCCAGAAUGCUGUUGAGUUGGAAUACCAUAGAAUCAGCGACUUCCUUCGCAGUUUGCGUUCAGAUGUCACAAGGCGUACUAUGGAAAAACAAGUGGGAACAUUUCUGUCUGUCUGGAACAAGCUGAGAAGAUCCUUGGAAACAAAUGGUGAAAUUAAACUCCCCAAAGGCUACUGUGCUGUUGACCUCACUCUGCAGGAUGAAUUUGCGAUCCUUCUGCCUCGCAGGCGAGGUCUGGGCCUGUGUUCCACUGCUUUGGCUAGCUAUCUCAUUGGCUUGCACAACGACUUUGUCUACACCAUAGAAAAACCUACAAAGGAUGCCAAGAGCUACUCUGUCAGUCCCACAGAAGUGACUGAUCUGCACGUGAUCACAUAUGAGGUGGAGAAGGACUUAAUCCCUCUGAUUCUCUCCAAUUGCCAGUACAGCAUUGAAAAAGGAGGGGAAGCCCUCCAAGAAUUUGACCUGGAAAAAAUCCAGCAGCAGAUUACCAGCAGAUUCUUACAGGGGAAACCCUUUAUCAAACUGACGGGCAUCCCCACUCUGGUGUACAGGCAUGACCGCAACUAUGAGCAUCUCUUCAAUGAUAUCAAGAGAAAGUUGAAGCAGAGCUCCCUUCCAAAUUCCACAAUUAGCAUGAUCAGCGGGGAGCUUCAGUCCUACAGUGACAUCUGUGAGGCUUUGUUUGUCACUGAAAUAACCUUAGGAUUCUUGGCUAUGGCUGGAGGAGAAGCAGAGAUGACUACGACUGAAUAUGUCGAAAACACCCUGCAAAUGGGCACUCAAACAAACAUUCACGUCCUGAAGGCCCUGAGUCGGUGUCAGCUGCAGCACACCAUAGGCCUGUGGCAGCUGCUCUCCAGCCGUAAAUCUGAGCAGCUGUUGCAACUGAAACGGGAUCCCUUUGCAGAGGUUGGUGAAGCUUAUAAAGCUGAGCUCAGUGCAGAGAACACCAAACUCCUCAAUACUUUCCUUCUCCAGGCUGGCAUGGAGACUUUCCUCCAGGAGCUGCAUGAAAUGAUAAUCCUGAAACUGAAAUAUGCCAACGCUGGGGAUGAAUUCAACCCUGACUGGAGCCUGAAGGACGUCCUUAUUUCAUACCUUGAAAGGAAAGAGACUGUACUUGGAGAACUGGAGGAUACAUUCCCAGAAGACAUUCAGCUCUCCCAGUGUAUCGCUGUCUGGAAGGCGGCUGCUGCUCUUAAGCGAGAUCGAAGACUCAGUGGACGCAUUGUCUUCAUUCUUCCCACUCCACCCCCUUUUUUAUUAACCACUGAAGGAUAAGUAGCAUCACUGGAUUUAACAGUACUGACUUUUUUGCCCUGAGCAAAGUAAAUUUGGGGCCAAAAAGUUUUCACAAGCUCGAGGAGGUUGUGAAUUCUUGCACUCUAUCUUCGAAUAAACUAUGAUUGCACAAAUACAGAGGAUGUUAUGCCUUAGAAGCUGAAAUGUCUUAGAACACCUCCUCCAUACUCUCUCUAAAAAUACAACUAAAGAUGCAAGCUACAUUCAACAAGGAGACAAAGACCUUUUUCAGUAGCCUACUCCUAGAAGCCUAGCCAGGGAUCUUGGGGUACAUAUUACUGGAAGGCACCUGGGAUACCGAUACAAACCUGAAGUUGUUUUUUCUUGGGGUGAAAACUGGAGGGGAAGCAAGAAUUAAUUGCUUCUGCAUCUAGUUUUCUACAUGUCUUUAUCAAUAAGUGCUACCACAGCUGCCUCUCUCUUAUCACGGACAUACUUUGUUGUCCAUUUUUAUUUUGCCACACUGUUCCCCAAAUUGUCAAGCUGCCUGUUCACCUAGCUGCCUUAAAUUCCACACUGUCAGUUCCCCAAUGUUGUAACUUGACACCACUGCCUAGGCAAAGAGAUCUUUUUGUUCUGCUAAAGAGGUGAUAACUUCUAGCCAAGGGUACUUCUAGCCUAUGUCCAUCUUGGUAUGGAGUAGCUUGCUUGCUUGUUAAGGCAACCUUCUUCACGUUUAGUUGAAAACCUUUUAAUAACCUGAUGGGAGGCUGGAUCCCUCUACAGACAAACUUAUUUGACUUUUUAUACCAUUGUAUAUUUGUACUGUUUCAUGUUAGUGUUGACACAUUGCCACUGUUAAAAUGUUUAGCUAAGAUCAUGACUGCUUACAAAUGCCUCUUUGGGCUGAAAAGCAGUUUUAUAACUGAAAUGCCAAUUCUGGCACAUUUCUUUGAUAAAGCUGAAGAAGGAAAUAGUAAAACAUUCUGAUAGAGCCUUCCUAAGGAGAGUGGCAACCUUGUAAGCCCAUUGACUUCAGUGGGCUUACAAAAGCACUAUUCUGCCUAGGAAGCCAUUGUAAAUCUGCUAAGCAGAGACUGUGCUCCCCCCCAAAAAUUUGCCGUCUUAUUUCAUGUAGAACCAAAGAAUUGGCCUGUCAACCAAGUGCAGCAAGAUCAGUAGCUUUGGCUCUUCUGAUUCUUGAAACAACAUAAGCAAAUUCAGUGAAAGAGAAUACUUGCGUCAACUGUGUCAACUGACAUGAUCUUAAUAACCUGAAAGGACGCAAUUUUUGUUGGGAACAAAAUAAACGUAUGUUUACAUUUUAAAAAAUUGCCCAAACUAACUGGCUGCCACUCAUCUCUCAGGGGGAAGAAAAAGUAGAAGCCAUUGCUGUUGGUAACCUUUCCCAGCCCUGCUUUGCUGGUGUUCAAAAUCUUGUGUGCUCCAGAAGCAGUUUCUUAAUACUUGCACUUCCUUCAGUUAAUGGUGCAGCUUCUUUUUAAAGAGCUAAGCAGUACUUGCUUUCAUUUUUUAUAUUCCAAAAGCUACAUUCACAGAAAUCCUGGGUGCUGUGGCAGUACUGCCAACCUGCAUAGUUUUCUUUAGCUUGGCCUGUCCUAAUUGCACAGUCUUCCUUACCUGAGAAUCUACAGUAGAUACCAAAGAUAGCUUCUGAAACUUUAUUAAGUCUUUCAGUAGAUAGCUUAAUAUUCUGGUGAUUAGAGACAAGUAAAUAUGGUGCUGUAUCAGCUAUCUUGCUCUUCCUCAGAACAUGUGUUGGAUGUGCACAUCUGUGCACAAAAUGAAUGAGUAGCACUCCUGCUUCUCUUUGGAAGUGGGCAUUUUGAGGGUGCUUUCAGGGAUGCAGCGUUACCAGCACAAGUGCUGCAGCUUUUUGUGCUGACAGUUCAGGAUUUGCGACAAUAACCAGUCUGAUUUGACACAAUAACCAGUAUGUACAAGUGUGGUUUGUUUUCUUUCUUUCUUUCUUUCUUUCUUUCUUUCUUUCUUUCUUUCUUUCUUUCUUUCUUUCUUUCUUUCUUUCUUUCUUUCUUUCUUUCUUUCUUUCUUUCUUUCUUUCAAUAAAUUGUUUUUGUGAUUGC